GAGAAAGCUCUCCUGCAACAAUACUACACAAGCAAACCUUAUAACAUGCAGCACAGUAUAAGGAAAUCAGAAGCUGAGGAUGUUGCUGCAGAGAGGAAAAAACAGGCUGUAGUAGAACAAGUGAUGGUCGAUCAGUUAUCUAGAGCUGUUAUAAGUGACCCAGAGCAAUCCACACGUGCUGAUGUUUGCAAGGAGGCUCAUGGACUUGUGGGACCUGGAACAGCACCAAUGCGUGUCAGAAAAAGAACUCUGCAUGAAACAAAAAUAAGGACCGAAUCAGGAUUAACUGAAAACAUGCUCUCUAACAAGCUACGCUUUGACAGUAGGAUUAUAUCAAGAAAUGGUCAUGAUGCUUGUAGAGAAUUGAUUGGAUUUUUUUUUGCAUGUGACAGAUCCCUCACUGUGUAUGAAUUUCGUCAGUUUGGAAAAAAUAGAACAAAUGUCUUGCCCUUCAUUCAGAAGGGAGUUUAUCAACAUCAACGUGGACAACGGAAAGGAAAAGCUUAUGAUCUUAGUGACUUCUAUAUUGGAGCUAAUUUAACUUUCCGAAGUGCUGAUCAUAACCUUCCAGAAAGUGUUAAGCAGAACCCAUUUCUUACCCUUCGUGUCAUAAGUAUUGAUGAAGCAGCUAUGGAUUUUCUCAAGCACACUUCAGGUAAACGUUGUGUCCUUUAUUUCUCUAAAUCCUCAGGUAUACUCAGAGAGACACUAAGUAAAAGAGGAGUUCGAGUUAUAAUGGGCUUAGGAAAGUAUUUCCGACAAGUAGACAAAAACAGAAAUGGUUUUCUCUCUCAGGCAGCCUUUAAAGAGGCUCUAAAAGUAUUCCAUUUGGAAGUGCCUGAAGGGGACUUUGAAUCCUUAUGGCUUAUUCUUGAUGAUAGCAAGAGUGAUAAAGUUGACUAUGGAGAAUUUACACGUGCUGUAAUUGGAGAAAUGAAUGAAUAUAGGAAGGCAUUUGUAAGAAAAGCUUACAUGAAACUAGAUUUCAACAAAACUGGGAGCGUGCCUAUGGUAGAUAUCAGAAAAUGUUACUGUGCAAAGAAACACCCCCUAGUACUGGCAGGCAAAGCUACAGAAGAAGAAAUUACAUCGUCGUUUUUAGAAACAUUAGGAGAGUCCUGCAGCAACCCCAGUGAAGUGUCCUAUGCCGAGUUCGAAGAUUACUAUGAAGGAUUAAGCAUUGGAAUCCUGGAUGAUGAUGAUUUUGUUAAUAUCUUGAGGAACCCUUGGGGAAUUUAGAGUGGAAGACUGCAAAAAUGAAGAAGAGACAUUUUCUAAACAAGAGUGAGCUUAAUAAGGGAGGAUUUAGUCUUGAUGUGCGUUACUUCAGAAUUAGUGUCUUAAACUGAUUUCAGGGACUGAAAAUUUUAGGUGCUUUCAGAAUAAUACAUGGCAAAUUUCUUAGAGUGUCUGUUGAGCUAUGCUAACCACUUUUUUAAUAUAAAUGCUGUUCAUUCCUUUUAAUUUGAAUUAAUAAAAGCUGUUUCCCAUUCCAGAAUGCAUAAUUUACUUAAUAUUAGAAUAAAGUGGCCUAUUUUAAAAUAAGAGGGAAUUAGAAUACUAAAAUGCAUGACAGGAUAUAUGCAACAGAAAAUUUAGCUUUAUGAUGCAUUGCAAAAAGCUUUAGAUUUGACUGCAUAAAUAUCAGUGGUAGCAUUUCC